CGGAGGGUUAACGUUAAGGUUUGGGUGGAGAUGGAGCCAAGCUUGACAUCACCUUCCUCCCUCCACCAUCAUCCUCUUACCUCCCCUCCUUCAACCCCUCGACGCGCUUGGAGCAGCUCCCGAUGUCUUCGUCAUGUCCACGGACCUCCCAUCGACGGAGCAUCUCUCUCUCAGACCUGCCGCUACAGACGCCAAAGCCGACGAUGCGCCAACCCAACCCGACUCCGAGGCUGACGAGGAAGAGGAGGAGGACGACGAGGAGGACGAGCCGAAGCUCAAGUACGCCAAGCUGACGGGCAGUCUGACGAAUGUCUACCGCAAUGGCGACUCCACCAGCGCCUUCACCAUCGCCGGCGACAAGCUGGUCCUGGGCACGCACAAUGGAAACAUCCACGUCUUGUCCUUGCCCACUCUCAAGAGCCUGAGGACGUAUCACGCGCAUUCCGCGACUAUUACGAAUGUGUCCGUGUCUCCCGUUCCGCCUCCUCCAGCAGCGCAAGUCGCAUCGCGCGGACAGCCGGAGGAAGAGAAACGCAAAACCGACAGUCUUCGCUCCCCGCCCUCCUCCAUCCGCACUACACAGACGAAGACCACCAGUACAGCUUCUCCUCGAUCACAGCAAUCUCCUCAACCCCCGGCCAUCCCAAAUACCCCAAAUAACGCCAUCUACAUCGCCACCGCCUCCCUCGACGGCCACGUCUGCAUCUCCUCCCUCAUCGAUCCCAAAGACGUGCAACUGCGCAACUUUGCCCGCCCCGUACAAGCUGUCGCCUUGUCGCCAGACUACAAGAACGACCGGACAUACCUCUCGGCCGGCCUUGCAGGACAGCUUAUCCUCACUGUCGGCGGCAAAGCGGGCGUGACAACAGACGCCAACACCAAUUCUGCCGCCGCAGCUGCCUCCUCGGGCUUUCUGGGGGCCUUUGGACUUGCGGGCACGGAUCGCGGAAAGGACACGGUACUACACAGCGGCGAGGGUGCGAUUAGUUGUAUCGAAUGGAGCUUGAGCGGGAAGUGGGUGGUGUGGAUUACCGAAAAGGGCAUCAAAAUCAUGCGGUCACAUUACAAGUUGGGGAGCGAGGAUGAAGAUGAUGCAUGGAAGCGAAUCGUGCAUGAGCCACGGCCGAAUAGAAGAGAGUGGGAAGAUAUGGUGGGAGUGUGGAAGGCAAGGGCCGAGUGGGUUGAUGAGAGGCAUCUCGAAGCCGAUGAUCAUGAGCAUGUGGAAGGAGCGCAUGGUGGAUCGAAUGGGAAGCCCUCCGAACCGACAAAGCAACGAAGUAAGAGGAGUAAGGUGGAGAAGCUGGUGGUGGGCUGGGGAAAUACCGCAUGGAUUCUUCACGUGUCCGAAGGUGGUCCUGCCUCUACUUCGACCCCGGCCAACGGGGGCAAGAGAGUUAUUGGAACGGCGGAGAGAAUGCGCAAACUGAUCUUUGACGACUGCGUCAUUGCUGGCAUCUCGCUUUAUACGCCCUCGCUCUUGGCUUUGCUGGCAUAUCGAACACUCGACGAUGACGACCGCCCGAUACACGCACCACAGAGCAGCCAAUUAUCUUCUCAGAACGGCGCCGAGGCAAAGACAGGUCGAAAAGGCCGAAACAAUCGUCAGACUGGCCUGGCCCCACAGCUCCGCCUAAUCAACGUCCAGACUGGCGCCGAGGAUGAGAUUGAUGAGCUGUCCAUCUCUAGAUUUGAAACCCUGAGUGCGCAGGACUACCAUUUCGGCACACUCUGGAUUCCCCCGGCGUCGGUGAAGGCGCAGCAAGCUGCCGAUAGGUGGGCGCUGGAGGGGAUGUGGGAGAGCACGCGCAACGCCACUCGUCUCUUCUCCUCGAGUGCCAGCAUUCUCAGCAAUCGCAGCGCCGAAAGUCAAUCCCUCGAAAACGGAGGCAAAGCAUCAAUCAGGUCUCCAGGGAGCUCGGUGGUUGGUGCACCUAUGCCACCCGUUAGAAAAGCAGGAGCAACCGAUGCGCAUCCAUUUGCCGCGAGCGCCGGUUUGAAGCUUUUCAUUUACAGCCCUUACGAUUGCAUUCUUGCGGUACGACGCGAUCUGAAGGAUCAUUUGGAGUAUUUGCUUCAGCAGCAGGACUACAAGCAGGUCUGGAUGCUGGUGGACAAGCACCCGGAACUCAUCGAUGACAUUGGUCCGCCUCCGGACAAUAGAGAGCCUAGAAGCCCGAUUGUGGGCUCUGCUCGAGAUGGUGGAGGCAGCUUGGCCGACUUCUUCGCGGACGACUCGGCCUCACGCCAGAGUGCUGGUGGAGGGGACUCGAACGCGCUGCGAGAAAAGCAGCGCAUAGGCGAACUGUGGAUCCAACAGCUCGUCACUACCGAUCAAUGGGGUGAAGCCGGCCAGGUGGCUAGCAAAGUGCUGGGCACAAGUCGAAAAUGGGAGUAUUGGGUGUACGCCUUUGCCCAAGCCGGGAAAUUCGACGAAAUCACCCCCUUCAUCCCCUCCGAUGCACAUCUACCGAGCGAAGUAUACGAGAUCGUCCUCGGGCACUACCUUACUGCCGAUGUGCCGCGAUUUCAGGAAUUGCUUGAGCUCUGGGAGCCGGAGAAAGAUUUGUACGACGUCCACAGCAUCCAAGCAGCGAUCCUGAGCAAGCUGGAUAGCGAGGAUGUGGUGGAGGAUUCCGAAGACUGGCGAAUAUUGACGGAGGCGCUGGCGAAGUUGUACCUCGCCGAGGGCCGGGCGAAGGAGGCGUUACGAUGCUACAUCAGCGUGCGAAAUGCGGAGAAGGCGAUGGAGUUGAUCCAAGAGGACAGCUUGAUGAACAUCAUUGACGCCGAAGACGUUCCCGGGCUCCUGAUGCUGAAGCUCAGCAAAGAGCAGAUGCGCUCCGCUCCGUUGGACGAGCUGCGCGAGGCGAGCAGUGAAGUCGUGAAGCUGCUGGUUGGGGAAGCUUUGAAAGGCAGCCUGCUGCCAGCCACCAUCAUCAAGGAACUCCUCGCGGCCGGCCGCGUGUACCGACCCUUCUUGUACUUCUACUUCCGCGCUUUGUGGUACGAGGCCACCGAGCGAGAGGCUGCGCGUCGAGCACCUCGCGGACGAUCAUAUCAGCACAUCGACGCCGGCCGUCCACUAGUGGAAGAUCACGCAGACCUAGCCAUCGAACUAUUCGCCGAUUACGACCGCGACCUUCUCAUGGAAUUCCUGCAAGCAAGCGAAGUGUACAACUACGAGAAAGCGGCAGCCAUCUGCAACGAGCGCGACUACACGCGGGAAUUCGUGUACAUGCUUUCCAAAAUGGGACAGACGAAGGAGGCGCUGCGGCUCAUCAUCAACAAGCUAGGCGACAUCAAAUACGCCAUCGACUUCGCCAAACAGAACCCCGAGAAUCCUGAGCUGUGGGAUGAUUUGCUGGAGUACAGCAUGAACAGGCCCGCCUUCAUCAAGGAAUUGCUGGAGGAGGUCGGGACGGCGAUUGAUCCUGUUGAUCUCGUGAGGCGCAUCCCGCCGAAUACGGAGAUUCAAGGGUUGAAGGAGGCGGUGGCGAAGUUGUUGCGGGUGUAUGAUAUUCAGUUUUCCAUUUCGGAGAGCGUCGCUACGGUUUUGAGGGGCGAGGUGGGUGUGGGAAUGGAUGCGCUGCGUGCGGGACAGAAGAAGGGUGUCAGGUUUGAGGUUCUUCACGAGGCGUCGAAAGAGAUCGACCAUACGCUUGUGGAUGCCUUGACGCAAGCAGCAGGAGAGAACUCGUCGGUGGAGCCAAAGAGGACAGAAACGUCGGCAUCGCAGCAUGUGAAGCCUGGGGCGUGUGUAGGCUGUGGAGAUGUUUUCCAGGAAGACGGUAUGCCAUCCCUCCCUGCAGCGCUUACUUCAUGCUAACCACCACCCCCCACAGAGACAGACUUCCUCGUCGGCUUCGCCUGCGGCCACAUCUACCACCUUCCCUGCCUGCUUAAAGCCAACCCCGAAACCUCCGAUCCGGAUAUGAUCUCGCGACUCCGGAGUCAACUCGGCAGCGGCAGCGGCGCGGAUGAGGGCUACUACUCCGGCCGCAGCGUGGGGGCGAAGGUGGCGCAUGCGCAUGUCAUCAAGAACGUGCUGCGAGGUGGGUGCCAGCUUUUUGUGGUUCCCGAGGGCGCGUGAGAGAUGCAUUGAAGCGAGGCGUCUGUGUUUGGAUUCCAGAGAGCGUAUACCCAAGCGUGAACAGUUUGUUCUCUAUCUGGACGUGGAUGGAUUGGUGAGGAUGGGUGGAAGGAGGGUUAUGCUUGCAUUGCAUUGAGCGGCAUUUGUUUGGGAUAAACUUUGACCGACUU